ACCUCAACACAUCAUGGGAAAAGUUCACGGAUCUCUUGCCCGUGCCGGCAAAGUCAAGUCGCAGACCCCAAAGGUCGAAAAGCAGGAGAAGAAGAAGACUCCCAAAGGUCGUGCUAAGAAGCGGAUUCUCUACAACCGCAGAUUCGUGAACGUCACGACACUCCCUGGUGGCAAGAGGAGAAUGAACCCCAACCCCGAGAAGUGAACAUUCAUUCGAGUUUCCUCUUCUUCGACGCACUAGGCGUC